ACCCUCGCUUCGCUUUUAUCAACAUGACGUAUCUUUCAGUGAUUAUUUGUUUUGGUUUGUUUAUUUUUCUAUAUAUCUGAUAUUUAGACCGUUCACGUAUGCAUACAGAAUCUACGGCCAACGAUGGGAACCCGGCAGUGAGCCAAUAACCGAAAAAGAUGAACAACCUCUAAACGCAACUGACGCAACAUUUUCAACGACUAUUUCCAAAUACGAAAACUGUCUGCUCGCCCAAACAGCACCCAAAGCAAUUGUAGCAUCACUUCGCAUCGAAACAACACACACACAAAAGUAGCGGUCGAAAACCACAGCUUUUGGAGAGUUUGCCGUGCUGUGUAGAGUUUCGUAUGUCAGGCGAGCCUUGGUGUGCAUGAUCGCGAGAGAUUUGCCUACGGAGCUCACCAACACACCGCUACUGGAUUUCAUGGCUGCUUCGAGUGGCCGUGCGCUCGAGCGUUGAACACGACCAACUCUCCACAAGUCCCGUCAUUGUAGAAUCUAAUACCGAGUUGAAUAGUUCUUUAUUGCUGGAAACUGGGGUGAAGCAAAAGUGAGAGCCACAAUCACGGAAGCAUCCGGGUACUAGGCCAGCCCUCAGUAUGUCUGUCCCUGUGCGCUGCUACUCUGUCGAUAGCAUGAACAACAUCGACCAGCAGCCCAUCGGCAUCAGCGGCCACGGUCUACACUCUUCCAUGAUGAUGAUGGAAGAGGACGACGACGUGCCAAUGAUGGUGAUGAGCCCAAAGACGAACGUUCAUGUCUCCGGCAAGACGAUGCAUCACGAUCAGCGGAUGUCGUCAGAGGAGGGCCGGCUUGGGAGACCGGAUGCUGCUGAUGGAGUUUUGUUGGCGUCCCACGGCUGCCGCGGUGGUGGUAACAGCAGUCAUCAGGCGGCGUACCGCUUGAUGAUGGAUACCGCGGGUGGCCCUGGUACCGCCAAUCAUGACGAUGGCCAGGACUUAGCUGGAGCCUCAGCUAAGUGCACCUCACCGCAGAAGCUGUCACCAUCCCACACCACCACGCAUGCAUCAUCAUCAUUAUCAUCAUCCCCACCAACAACAACCACCAAUCUCGGGGCAGCAGCAGCAGCAGCACCACCACCGCAGCCAGCGAUGUCGUUCGACCAGAUGAUGGCCAAGCUGAGCGAGCUGCUAGCGCUGGAACCGAAAUAUCAACCGAACCUUUACCUGCCGCAACAAUCAAUGAAUGGCGAAAUCACGAUUGGCACCCGCGACGGAGCCGCUCAUGUGCUGCGCUGUCUGAAGGUUUGGUACGAGCUGCCCAACGAUGUACUGUUCGCUGCCAUUAACUUGGUAGAUCGCUUCCUGACCAAGAUGAAGGUCCGCCCAAAGCACAUGGCCUGCAUUUCGGUCAGCUCCUUUCAUCUGGCAGUACAGCAGCUGAGCAUGCCCAUCAUCGAUACGGAAGACUUGGUUGCUAUCUCCCAGUGUCGCUGUACAUCACGAGAUCUCGUACGAAUGGCCGACAUCGUCGCCAAUAAGCUUGGUGUCCAGAUGAAUCUGGCCCCGGUAACGGCACUGUCGUUUAUUCGGCUGUUCUACUACAUCUUUGAGAACGCGGCAAAGGCCCUCGGACUGUCCGAUAUUUUCAAGUCGGCUAUAUCACUAGCGGAUCUUGAGAUGCGGCUGGAGAUACUCGCCUGCGACGCCAGCUGCGCCAGCAUCCGCCCGUCCGAGCUUGCCCUGGUGAUGAUCUUCACCCAGAUGGAUGUGUACGUCAGUGCGAACAAGGACAACGGUCUGGUACACCAGCAGAUCCACGAUCUCGUUGACUACGCCAUUCAGCUGCAAAAGUUCUGCCGUAUCCCGGACAGCAGCUUCCUUUACAGUAACAGCAUUGUGUCGAAAAUUCUAUCGCUCUACAAUGGUCAGCACAAGAUCCCCUACAAGCAGCGGCUGGUAUGGAAGCUUUCCUCUCGUACUAUGCGCGUGCUGCGUCCCACUGACAAGUUGACCUCCUAUUUGCCAACGAUCGCUGAACACCACCAUGCCAACGGUCACGUUAACAAUAAUCUCAGAUUCAGAACUGGCAGCGUCAGCUCGGAAGAUGAUGGCGAAGAUUGGCCCACAUCACCAAUUGUGGCAGUUUGUGAACAAUUCGUUGAUGAGUAGAACGCUGAACGCGGAACAAUGCUUCUCUUUCGAGUGCGAAUGCAGCUAGCUCUUUCGAAGCAACGAAGUACGAUCAACAAUACACGAUGCUUGACACAACAUCAGCAAGAGAUGAAGAGAGAUUAUUUGCACCUGUACUACCUUCUACUACUAUUGCUACAUCAUUCACUACUGUUAAAACUUCGGCACCCGCCACGCGUAACAACUGCUGCCCACUGAUCAGUACUAAUCUAGUUCCGUUGCCUUACGUUCAUCGAUGCAGCGCAUGCCUAGAAACGAUCGCACGCACCCUUCCACUCGUGUUGGACUUUUUCACAGAAAUGUACAAAUGUACGCUGAGGAGAAGAGACAACUGCAAACUGCACCAACCAUAUUGUUUCAAUUUGUCUCGGAAAGAAACCGUUCCGAGAUACACACACAAAUGGUGGUUAACUUGAAAAGUGUUGCUCCGAUGGACGUAGAGACGAGCGAGCGGCUAUUGCUUCACUUCAUCUGAACCGCCGCGUGAAUGGCAGAAUAUUGCAUCUGACGUAGUGCCCCGCGAUAUUUGUGUGAGCAAUGAUAACAGCGCUACAGAAAGAUAAAGAGCGGACGAAAACAUCGGAUGCGGUUGCAGAAGUGAAAAAAGGAAAAUUUGACGACGGAAUUAGAUCUGAGCACAGGUUACGAUAGCAAGUUACUAAUGAUUAUGCCGCGUUGAGCCGCAGUGACCGACCGCAGAUUUGGUAGACGAUGGUUCAGUGCCGGAUAUUUCACGAAGAACCCCAAUGCUAGCCGCAAACAACAUCAUCUACAACUACACGGUUUACAACAACAUCUGGACGUUUUUGAAUGGAAGCGCCAUGGAGAAGGAACGGCGAGAACGCUCCACCGGUCGGUAAUGUUUAUUUUUACUUUGUUUUCCUCCCUUUUUAAAUGCAUAUUUCUAGCGCUUAUUUAAUACUUGUGCGAAAAGGAAAAUCAGAAAACAAAACUAAAAAGGAACAGUCUAAUUCGCUGGAUAAGAGAUCUAUCAAUGAUAAGUAAUCAAUGGUAUAGAAGAGUGUUCUUGAAGUCGGUGUCAGUAAGUAGCACAGUAAGCCUAAAUUGGUAAUGGAAAAAUCAACAAUUUGCCCAGCUCUAGCAAGUAUGAAAACGUGAAACUAUGCUGAGAUAACGGCGCGGUUGAAGAAAGGACUUGACCUGCACUAUGACAAAACGCCACACGAAGGCGCUUGAGAACAGGAACAAAGUUUACUCGAACCACCACCGGAAGCAAAAGAAAAUAAUGGAAAAAACAAGCAAAAUUUGAAACAUCAAAAAAAUCUUAAAAAUCUCCCCAAAAAAGUCACACGCAAGUAUAUGCAAGCAUAAAAAGAAAGAUAAAAGGAAAAUCAAAAAAAGUACAAAAUAUACAAAACGGUUAAAAAAAUCCUAGCAGUUAAGUUGUGUAGGGUUUAUAACGGUGGAAAAGUGAAACAAAACGCGUGACAUUGAAAAGCCAACUAUAAAUCAACUGGCGGUAAAUGAAUUUCAUCAGAACAGCAUAACUAAACUGGCAAAAGGGCAUAAGAAUUCUAUAGCUCAAGUCAUGAUUAUUCUGUCCUGUUGAAAAGGUUACUUCUGCUAGCAAAUGAGCAAACGGGCGUAUGAUUACUUAGGAAUCAUUAAACACGGAACGACGAGAAUUACGCGACUCAAUUUACUGACAAUGAUAAAGUCAAUGGGCGAGUAAAGGCGCUCCUUGGCAUCAGCUCUACAAGAGGAUGCAAACACAAGAUAAUGUCGGAUAAAUGUGUGAAUGUGAAUGUGCGUUAGCCCCGCACCGAAAGCAGGAAAUCGAUUAGAAAUAAUUUUACUCAUGUUUGCCCUUGUUUUUUGUUAUGUGAAAAUUUUUGUGGAAAAUCGAUAUUGUUUUGGAAACUAAUAUGGAUUACGUCUAUUUCUUCGUUUUCCAAUGAACGGAAAUUAAAUUCAAAUUCUGGUGCGUGAACUAAAAUCGCGUACGAACGAUACGUGUACCACUGAAGAAACUGAAAGAAUACCAGCAAUCCAGAAAAGGACAAGCGCAACGGACACCAGAAAAUUAUAUUACUAUCGUGAAGCCAGUACUGAAUGUGUUAUUAGUAUGUAAUGUGCAACAACGCAAACACGGUUUGGAAAACAGGGAACUGAAAAGUGCACGAACAAUAGCACACCCUUAGAGCCACCAUCCUUCACCCAUUCCGAGACUCGAUGACAGCCGCAAUGCAAUCAACAAGUAGCACAUAAACAGAGCAACAUCACGUGAUGACUUUUGGCACAUGGAAACAAGGACAAUAUCGUUUUGCAAACAUUAUUCGUUCUUGGUUUGCCAAUCGAAAGGCAACGAGUGCUACUGCUGCUACUAAAACAACCAUUAUUUAUCAAACUAGCUAAUUGAACAUACACACAUAGAUAUCGAUAGAUAAGUAGGGUUCAUCUUCAAACCACAAAUGAACACACGAUCGAGAACGUGUCACUUCGUUAACUGUUUUCAACCCCGUAGGCAAACAAACAUCGUUCCAUGUGUCCAAUCGUGUGCGUGCUGCUGAAAAGUACCGAUAAAUGUUGAAAACGAAUACGCAACAGCAGCAAACACCAGCCAGUCAAAUUUAAGCAAAACUUUUUUCCUAUGUUGGGCUUGGAUUCAUCCUUUGCAAACCCACUAGUAGUUGUGUUUGUGUAGAGGAAUGUGUUUGUUGUGUAGGUGUGAAGCUAAACCAAAAACAAAGAACUACUAUCUUGAACAAAGGAAAAUUUAAAACAAGUCAAGCGAUAAAGAAAGCAUCUUACUGAUACCCACAACCAGUAUGGAGUUUGACGAUGAAAAAUGCAAAACAAUGGUAUACACAAUCAAAGCAUAGCUUAUGUGCAAAAAGAUCGACUACAUGAGCCCCAGCGGUAGGCAACAGAUCUCGUAAGGCACAGCUGCACAGAAGGAGCUCAACAGCUAUGGGUUUGGUUGUCAUAGCUGCUUGAGUUGUUGCAAAUGACGCAUUUUCGGCACGCCUUGUCUGUCCUGUGACUACGAAGGAAGAGCACACAAAAAAGUGAUGGCUGGAAGUGCACUAACGAUCAUUCCGCCAUUGAGAUCCUUCGUACUUCCGAUGCUGGUUUUUGUUUACUCGUGCCGUUUUUCACUGUAAUACGAUGUGUGCUUGAAAGGCAUCGAUGAUGAAGCCCAGAAGAACCGCAUGAGAGUAAUAACUGAUCUCGAAUAUUUUUGUUCACACAAAAGAAGUGUUUCCAACCUUUCCAACAUUGUUGCAUGACGGAUUUUAAUUUCCUCAUCUGCGUCGUUGAGGCGCAAAGAGGGACAAAGGAAAUUAUAAGUGUAUUUUUGUCAAAAAAUAUCAACAAGCGUAGAAAGAGCACAAUCCCCAAGUAAAAAGCUAUACAAGUGCAAAAACAAUCGCAACAAACACCAUCACACCACAACAGAGACUUGUGGAAGAGAACUGACCAAGAAGACGAACACAAAGAGAGAGAGAGAGCGGUAGGUCAGUGCUGGUGCUGAUGCUUAAAAUCUACAAAACAAACAUGAGAAAAAACGUUUGGAAAGAAGUAUUUUUUAUCUGAUAAAUAAUAUUAAUUUAUGAGAAACUGAAACAAAAAACGAGAGAAGCAUAUUGUAAAAAUGACGAAAACACAGUGGGAGAAAAAAUUGUGAUUACAUUUAUUUAAAAAAGAAGAGGAAGGGACACAGAGUUAAUGAAAAGUAAAGAGAAGCUAGAAUGAACGAUAGAAAUGAAGCAAAAGAGAGAACCAAGGAAAUCAUCGAACAUUAAGGAACACAGGGUGGGCUUCUUGUGUUUAACCCUGGCAAGGUGUGUGUGUGUGUGAGGUUGUGUCGGUUGUUGCUCGCAAGAAGAAGAAUGUGGACGAGUUUAGUAACAAAAUGCGUCCUUGAUAACGCUUAAAAUCGCAAUAAGAAUCUUGAGUUUUAGCGGAUCAUUCGGAAACGUGUGUACGAUUUCUAUUUUGUUUACACGAUAAGCAGGUUGGCGAACUAGUCAAGCUUCUCCAGUCAGUGUCCAUUGCUAAAGGCAAGCGAGGGAAACAGUUUAGCCAGCACAGCCGCCUACUUUUUGCACUAUUGGUCAUUUCUAGUUAACACCUUUUUUCUCCCAAUCCGCUUUUUUUGGAAACUAAGAGAGGAAUGACAAUAGUAUUUUGUUUUAAGCUGUGUUAUCAAGGCUAGGGUUCGACUGUUCUAUCUACAGCGAUACGUCGAACUCUAUUGAUAGAACUAACUCAAAGUGAAGGCCCCCGGAAGAAGGAGACACGCUCUCACGUUCCACGCACCACACUCCUCAUAACCUUAUCCUGGACAACCGCCACACGAGAGGUGAGCUACGCACAGAAGAAUCGCCGCAUGCCCUCAGCAAACAUCUUGCGACCUUAAAAAUCAAUCCAUCCAUGAAAGAAGGAUCUCCUGAUGGUGGAAAUUUUCCAUUUUUUUUUGCUUCAUUUUGUUGGACAUUUUUUCGAACCCUUUAGGAGAGGAAACUUCUUGACAAACGAUAAACGUUGAAUAUAUUUUACAAAAGCCACCUCUUGGUAAUAUUAUCUCUUUUUUGUAAAUUAUUUUUCUACACCUGCGCCCUGUAGUGGGAGCGCUUCGUCGCGCUGCAGAGCAAUUUUAAACAAAUUAACUUAUUUAUUACAAAAAUCCCAAUUGCCCAUCCCCAAUCCCAUCCCUCUGCCUUAUUCCCUUGAUUGACGACACACCUCCCGAAUUCCCGGCCCCCAAGGAGUACUGAAGUGAAACAGUUUGAAGAAGAAAAAGCAUUGUGAUCAUCGAGACGAGUGUGUGCGUGUUUACGUGCAAGUGUGUAAAAUCCGUCACGCGAAAGUGACGGAAGACGCAGAAAGAAGGUAGAGAGGCCGCCUUGCCCAUGAUUAUGCAAACAAACCGAUGGCGUUCUUUUGGGGAAAUGAGAGGCUCAUUUGCGCAACACGAAGAACAAAACUAUGCACGAGACGGACAUCGGGGAUUCUCUGUCCCGAUCUCGAUACGCUAGCGAUACAUAUUCGUCAAUGAAGAGCGCGAUACUAAAAGAAAAGAGGAUUUGGAAAGGCAAAACCGAAAACACACAUCCUUUGUCGUAAUUCUCGUUCGUUUCAUAACAGUACGAUAGUUUAUCAUUGUAUAUUAUAGUAUCCAUAUUUUUGUAGCUCAUAAUUUAGUGGUUCCUCAAAACAACCCCUCCCUUCCCUCUAACCAUGUGUGUCCUUAUACCUUAUCUUCUCGGCCGCUCCGAACAACAAUGCUACAAUCACUAACUUUGUGCAAUCGAUCUUAUUAGCCUCCGAGCAUGCUCCGGGGUCCAGUUCUUAGAACUAUGAAGAGGAGGACCAUUUGCAACUAUCCUCUUUCCCAAGGGUUUCCCCUCUUCCUUCACAUCCUUAUUUUAGUGGUUAAGAGAACACAACACGUAGCAUUAGUGUACGGACCACACGACAUCAGCAACUUAUCUUAUCCCCCUUGAACGGAUAUGGAAGUUCGUUAAAAUAGCAACGCAAUCUUACGUUGAGUUUUCCUUCCCCGUUGGUGGCCAUCUCAUCUCAUCCCUGCGCUGCCACUUUGCGGAGGAUGAUCUUUGCUAGGACAGGAGUAUGUAUUCCUCUCAAGGGUCGAGUGAGAAAGAUUAAUGGAAAACAAAUCUUUUCUGCUAUUAAAUAGAACAAACACAGAAACUAAAAGAAAAUUACGCCUUAAAGUUUCCAUUAAUGAUUAAAAAGUAUGACAGAGACAGUGAAGAAGAGCAUGCGUGAAAAAGCAAGAUGUUUGAACAAUUGUUUUAAGAAUCUGUUUUUUCCCUUUUUUAUAUACACACACAUUCUUCUUAUUGCUAUGAUCUAAGCACCCCGGAAAGGCUCCCAGCUCCCGAAAUCGAUCGAUCGAUAAUGCGACAAGGUAGUAGAGCUUUUAUUUUCGCAAACCCAACAAGCUUUGUGCGAUCGAUAAACAAUUGGAUGGCGAACUCGUGAGCAUCGAGUAGUGUGCGUCGUUGAGAGUUAAAAAUUAGAUUUGGGGGAGCAGAACAAAAUGAGAAGAAACAAACGCCACCAAAAACGGGGAGAAAAGGAUGAGCACGAAUGGGGAGAGAGAGUACGUUUAUCUAUUCAUUUCUGUGUAUAAUUUUACUAUCUCAACCCGUGUGUGAAACAAAACGAGGAAGAUGGUCAAAGGCGGCAAUUGCAGAAUGUGAGAAAUAAGAAACGAAUAUAUUAGAGAAGCAUUGCGUCGCAGCAGUGCGCUGCCUAUGUAUGUAUGUGUGACAAGAAAAGGCACAUAGGUCUGAGGGAGGAAAACAUGCAAUUAUAAAAUACAUUUCGACACACAUGGCAAUGAAGAUAAACGUGGAAAUAAACACAAAAAACUCCAUAAACAAAAAGCCAUGUGAGAAGUGUAAGAAAAAAUAAAAUCAUUGAUUU